UCUUUCUUCCACUAUAACGCCAUUUUACCUACAGAAACAUACUGUGCUCCAUGCUGUACUCUAAAUUAACAAGUAAUUUAUGAUAAAAUGAGUGAAAAUGUACAAGGAACAUUUGUAUCGGAAAAAAUUUCCAAAAUCAGAUGGAAACACGAAGAUUUUGAGGAAGCUAGCAAUUUUUUAACCGGUAGUUGGGAUGAUCCGGUAAAUAAAUUAACUCAUUGGACAUUUCAAAUGAAUGAUGAUGGUGAAUCAUAUCCAGCAGUAGUUUCUUCAUAUGCUAUCCUUGGAGAUGUGACUGAGAUAAAGUUCAUCUCAAAAGAUUUCUUUGUGGUGUCAACAUCUAUAGGUACAGUUAGACUGUUACAGAUUCAUGAAAAUCCAUAUUCCCAGUUUAAAGAACACAUGUCAUGGGAAUUCAUACAUAAAUUUCAAAAAACAAGUGAUUAUGCAUCUUGCACUGCACUAUCUACCUUUGAGCAAGAUAUAGUUUCAGUUGGAGAAGAUGGGAGGAUUAAUCUUUUAACUGCUGGUCAAGAAUUACCAGUUAGAGUUAUUGAUGAAGCUGAUAGUUGCUCUAUAUAUUGUGUUGAUUUUUUAAGACACAAUGAGAUACUUACUGGAAAUUUAAGAGGACACAUGAAGGUUUGGGAUUUAAGAAAUGAUCAAAAUCUUCCUGCUACAACAUUCAUGCUCUCUGAUCAAACAAAAACAGAAGCUACCAGUAUUGCUCAUCAUCCAACUCAAAGACAUAUUGUUGUUGCUGGUGGUGGUGAUGGUAGUUUAACAGUAUGGGAUUUAAGACAUAAUACAUAUCCAAUGUCUCAACUUAAUGCUCACGCUAAAGCUGUUAGUGAAAUACUUUUCCAUCCUGACAGACCAGAAAAUCUAUUCACUUGUUCUGCUAGUGGUGAACUAUGGCACUGGAACAAUUCUCAGCAUUCAAAACUAAGUUUAGAUCCUACAAACACACAUUGGUUAAAUACAAUUGGUACAAAUGGUAAAGUAAAUGUAACAUCUCUGUAUAGCAUUAUGCAUAAACCAAUAAACAGUAUUGACAUUGAUAGAUCAACAUUACUUUUUGGGUGCGAUAAUGAAGCAAUAGAUGGAUCAACAGUAUCUAAUAAUAUAAGUGUACCAACAACAGCACCAAAAAGUCAAGUUCAACUUAAUCCUUAUACUGGACUACCUUACACACCACGAUAUCAUGAAUUUUAUAAAAAGAGAAUUACUUUACCUGUAUUUGAAUAUCGUGCUGAUUUUAUGAGGUUAUUGGCACAACAUCAAUGUAUUGUACUGGUUGGAGAAACAGGGUCAGGUAAAACUACACAGAUACCACAAUGGUGUGUAGAAUAUUCAAGCUGUAUUGGUAACAAGGGUGUUGCUUGUACCCAACCAAGAAGAGUAGCAGCUAUGUCUGUUGCACAGAGAGUUUCAGAAGAAAUGGAUGUUGCAUUAGGUCAAGAAGUAGGAUAUAGCAUACGUUUUGAGGAUUGUAGUUCUCCAAAAACUGUAUUGAAAUAUAUGACUGAUGGUAUGCUUCUUCGUGAAGGCAUGUCUGAUCCCAUGCUUGAUGCAUAUCAAGUGAUAUUGUUAGAUGAGGCUCAUGAAAGAACUUUAGCCACAGACUUACUUAUGGGUGUUUUAAAAGAAGUGAUUAAACAAAGACCAGAUCUGAAACUUGUGAUUAUGAGUGCAACACUGGAUGCUGGAAAAUUUCAGCAGUAUUUUGAUAAUGCACCUUUAAUGAAUGUACCUGGCAGAACGCAUCCUGUUGAGAUUUUUUAUACACCUGAACCUGAAAGAGAUUAUUUAGAAGCUGCUAUCAGGACUGUUAUUCAGAUACACAUGUGUGAAGAGGUAGCAGGAGAUUUACUUUUGUUUUUAACUGGUCAAGAAGAGAUUGAAGAAGCCUGUAAAAGAAUCAAAAGAGAAAUGGAUAAUUUAGGUCCAGAAGUAGGUGAACUCAAAUGCAUACCACUUUAUUCUACACUGCCUCCAAAUCUUCAACAAAGAAUUUUCGAACCUGCACCACCAACAAAACCAAAUGGUGCUAUUGGCAGAAAAGUAGUAGUCUCAACUAACAUUGCAGAAACAUCAUUAACUAUUGAUGGUGUUGUGUUUGUGAUAGAUCCUGGAUUUGCAAAACAGAAGGUAUAUAAUCCUAGAAUUCGUGUAGAAUCUCUUCUUGUAUCACCCAUCAGUAAAGCUUCUGCCCAGCAAAGAGCGGGUAGAGCCGGUCGUACCAGACCUGGAAAAUGUUUCAGAUUAUAUACUGAAAAAGCAUAUAAAAAUGAAAUGCAGGAUAAUACUUACCCUGAAAUAUUAAGGUCCAAUCUUGGGAGUGUUGUAUUACAAUUAAAGAAACUUGGUAUUGAUGAUUUGGUUCACUUUGACUUUAUGGAUCCACCUGCACCAGAAACUCUUAUGAGAGCUUUAGAACUUCUUAAUUAUUUGGCUGCAUUGGAUGAUGAUGGAAAUCUAACAGAUUUGGGAGCUGUGAUGGCAGAGUUUCCAUUAGAUCCUCAGUUGGCGAAAAUGCUGAUUGCAUCGUGUAAUCAUAACUGUAGCAAUGAGAUACUAAGCAUUACCGCUAUGCUGUCAGUCCCGCAGUGUUUUGUGAGGCCAAAUGAAUCAAAGAAAGCCGCGGAUGAUGCUAAAAUGCGAUUUGCACAUAUCGAUGGAGAUCACUUGACAUUAUUAAAUGUAUAUCAUGCUUUUAAGCAAAAUUUCGAAGAUCCACAAUGGUGUUAUGAUAAUUUUGUCAAUUACCGAUCUUUAAAAAGUGGCGACAAUGUCAGGGAACAAUUGAGCAGAAUAAUGGACAGAUUUCAUUUAAAACGUACCUCAACAGAUUUUACAUCAAAAGAUUAUUAUAUUAAUAUUAGAAAAGCGCUUGUGAAUGGUUUCUUCAUGCAGGUCGCUCAUUUAGAAAGAACUGGUCAUUAUUUGACUAUCAAAGAUAAUCAAAUUGUACAACUUCAUCCGAGUAGUUGUUUGGAUCACAAACCAGAAUGGGUAAUUUAUAAUGAAUUCGUACUCACGACCAAAAAUUACAUCAGAACAGUUACUGAUAUCAAACCUGAUUGGUUACUAAAGAUAGCACCACAAUACUAUGAUCUACAAAAUUUUCCACAAUGUGAAGCAAAGAGACAACUGGAAGUGAUUCAAGCGAGGCUAGAUUCAAAACAAUAUCAAGAAGGAUUCUAACCUUAAUAUCUUUUAGAUAUCUUCAAAAAUGGUGUCAAGCAAUCUGUAAUAUGUGGUCGAAUCAUUUUCGGCAUUAUGUCAAACACAGUUCUUUUUCGAACAUAAAGCCGAGAACAUACUAAAUGUUGUGAGAUAUAAUCAGAAGAGUAGUGUCGUCUACUCUGUAUUUUCACGUGACAUGUAAAGAAAAAGACAAAUUUUACUGAACAUUUAUAAUUUUGUACAAGCUUCAAAAACUUGUACAUUUUUUAGGCUCAAGUGCCGACAAAUUUCAAUGUUUGUAGACCUCAUUCUAUCUUAACAUGAAACAAAUGAAAAUUGAAAUUUAUUGUGCUAGAAGGCAUGUGGAAGGCAUAGUUGAUUGAUAAAUGAUUUAUUUAUGUACAUUAAUGAAAAAUUUAGCGACUAAGUAAUUUUACCAGUAGAAUUUGUUGAUUGACGUUUGCACACUUGAAAUGUAGUACUAAAGAUAGAUACAAAUAGAUUAAUUUUUGUAUUAAAUGUUGAAUAAGUAUGCCAGACGAAACGUAUACAAUG